AUGACAACAGAGAAAAAAUUCAUCACAGCAACGAAUCCAGGCAAUAGCAACAGCAGUAGCAGUAGCGACAGUGUUGUUCGACAAAACGUUGGUAAAAUCCCAACAUAUCACUAUGUGCGUCCCUUGGUUCAUGGCAUAGUUGGUUCAGCCGCCAUUUUUACCGUCGCCGGAUUAGUCCAAAUCAUGCAACAUGAUCCUAAAACAUCUUCUCGAUGGUCGUUCCCCCCAGGUAACAUCACCAUUGAUACGAAUAUAAAACCAGCUGAGGGCAGUGCAGACAGGCCCAAAGUAGGAGAGAGCAACAUCAUUGAAGAGGAAUUGUUGUAUAUUCUCGGACUCAACGCAAUCAUCCUCGGGUUUUGGAAAUUACGAGGCAAUAGUACGCGACGUUUCAUGGAAACUUGGUUCCAGAAUCAAGUUCUUCCUCGUCCUCGACCAUUGACUCUACUCACUGCUAGCUUCUCGCAUCAGUAUUUCUUAGUGCAUUUUUUUCCAAAUAUGGCACUUGCGCUUGCGACUUAUGGCUCGGUUAAACGAAUAUCAAGUGGGCAUGAAAUGGCAGCUGUGUAUCUUUCUGCUGGCGUUAUGGGAUUUGCCGCUAGCCAUGUCACACGACUUGUAUACUAUCGAUAUUUUAUGCAAAAGCUGACGCCAAGUCUGGGAGCGAGCGGUUCAGUGGUCGGAAUAAUGGCUGUGGCAUACUCCAACUUUGACGGAGAAACUCACAGGAAGUUGACACGCGUGGAUAGAGAGGCGCUAUUGGCGACAUUGAUAAUUGAUGUGAUCGGUCUAUUUAUGCGGUGGAGUGUAGCGGAUCAUGCCGCACAUCUGGGUGGUGCAGCAGUCGGGUUCUAUUAUGCGAACUAUGGACGUCAAUACGUUUGGAAUCCUUUAAUUACUACGCUACAAAAAGCACGGGACUCGUUGUAG